AUGUCUUUUCGACAGAAUGGACAGCGACGCUAUGGGCAUGUGCCUCCAGCCCAAUAUGGGACACCAGGCUCUCACGACCAAGCAAGCUCUCACUCGGGUUUGCAUAGACAGUCCAGCUUUGACAAUGGCGAUGAUGCGCCUUACCUGGAGCAGGGAAACAAUCGAUACGCUCCCCCGCAACCGCCAGGACGAAUGGCAAUGCCACAGGAGGAGCACUACUUGACGAGUCCAACCUCCUCGGCACAGAGCCCUCAUUCGCCGGGUCGAAGUUCAAUAGGAAGUACAAGUCCGGCACUUUCUGGGUAUCAACAUCAAUAUCAACCAUUUGCUGGCAAUGCUGCUUCUCCAGGUCUACCACAAGCACCGUACAAUCCCCAACAUUUUGCCAGAACAAAUUCCCAAUCUGUCCAGUAUCGACCGCAACCUGCAUAUAACAAUACAUCUCCUGCAACGCCCUCCCUGGGACAUACGCCGUAUAACCCAGCGGCAUAUCAGCCUCCAGUACAACCUCCAGUACGCCACACCACGGUCUCGGGCUACAAUUCCUAUGCCCCUUCUUAUGGCCAGCCGCCAGUCUCCAUGCCGCAGGUCCCACAGUCACCCAACAUGCAAUGGAGCCCCCAGCAGCAAUAUGUAGCCCCUCCAGCUCAUCAGCAGCCGCACGCUGUUUACGAUUCUCCUCACACCCAUCCGUACGCAUCUCAAAAUCCAGCUGCCUCAUCACAGCACUCAUACAACCCGCCAGUAGCCCCAUAUCCUUCAAAUGGUGGAGUUUACAAUCAGACAGAUUAUCGAACAUCUAGCUCGAGCCAGGCGCAGUAUCCGGAAUAUUCUGCCUAUACAUCACCUGUCACGCUCCCCACAUACCCAAACCAAGACCAUGAGUCGGCAUCCUACGCGACUCGAACCAGGAGCUCUGCUAGCCAUUCCACUAGAGCUUCUGCGUCUUCUCCCACUGGAACCGGACUACAACGACAUCCGACUUUUCGACCGCUUCCCAACGCACCAGCUGAGGCCGUUGGCGACAAUGAUGACUGGGGAUUAGGGAUUCAAGGCCAAGAAGAGGAGGAUUUAUCACAAGAACAGCUUUUUGCUGAUAUAGGUGACGCGUUGAAAGAUCAGUCGCAGUCUCAGCGAAUGAGGCCUCCAGCAACGGGUCAGUACAAUGGCGACUUGCUGGAUAAUGAGAUUCAAAAUCUCAACCGAUACGACUCAAGGGCGAGUACGAUUGGGUCGGGGCCACAUGGUGGAGUUGAAAGAUACGCGUCGACAGCUUCUACGUUAAAUCCGAACAACCAUCGAUCCACAUACGGCGAAUACCCGGAUGACGAUGACGAUGAGAACGAUACCGGUGCUGAAAUCGACAGCGAUGCUGAGGCUGCUGCAGGAAUAGAGGCUAUGAGACUGGCAGAUGAACUAGAUGCCCAGCAAGGUGUUGCUGGUGGAGCAGGUGCUCUAAGUUUUGCUGCGUAUGACAACCAAUCAUCUCAACACACACAUUUCCAAGAUGAGAGUAGCGAUAGCGAUUAUAAGAAUAUGGAUCUUGGACUUGCUGGUGGAGGGUAUGGUGGAGCGCAUUUGUCCUAUGGGGGAGAACUCGGAGGGCUUAACACUGGUCAUAGCAGCGAAAUGGAGGACCAGAGCCGGCCUUUACCCACUCCGCACCAGCUUGGAAGGUCAGAGAGCUAUAGCCACACUCCUGCUCCCGGGCUUGGAGGGAUGACCGACUAUGCUAUACCUGGAGAGGGUGCCAUUCAUCCAUUUCCCGCUUUUGAAGCUGCAAGGGUUGACACAUCUGGAACUGGAGGCCUUCAACGACCUAGCUCACAUCCCCGUGGCCACCGACUUAGCUUUGAUGAAGGUGAUGAACGGUCCUUGGCUUCCCGUGCAUCAGACUCCAGGCCUGGUGGUCUGUCGGGCAGUGAUAGUCCGACCCGAGAGGACAUGCCGGAGCUGUUCUAUCAUCCUGGUAUAGGGGGCGGUUCGAGCAACAAGAACCGACCACUGCCAUCAGUCCCACCUCUCUCUGAAAACACCACGCCACAAUUGAUGGCGGCGGGUAGUUACCGUAAUGCUCAACCAGCCUACUCGCACUCUUACUCUUCAAGUGUUGAGGGCACACGGCCAAUGUACGCACCAAACGACGCUUAUAACCCGCAGAGCAUGCUCAGUCCUGCUGGCCAGCAUGUUCCUCGUUCAACGUCUUUGUCAAGCCAUAGUAGUACUCCACAUGCCGUCCCACCAGUUCGCUCGAAGACAGAUGCCGAAGAACGUCAAGCGAAACAAAAAGCAGCACGCAUGGGACUUCGAUCCGCCAGUGGCCUAGAUGGCUAUGAUGUCGGAACACCUCAAUCUUCGAUUACAUUGGAUUUACCCGCUCUACCAGCUGGGCGUCGCAAGAAAUUCGGACUUUCCAAACUAUCCUCGGCGGAUUUUAAGAAAUGUGAGGAACCUUGGGCAUUGAGCGGUCUGGCUGAUUGGAUCCGAGAGAUGACUGGUGGGGAUUCUGGUGAGGGAGAAUCGGAUCUCAGGCAGAAGGCUAUUGAGGAAGCGCUCGUGUCUUUGUUCACCCACAAAGUUCCCACGAUGAAUACGGCGGACGCCGAGACAUUAAGUGCAAGAGUUGUGAAGACCAUGUUGGAAGCGGGCAUCUUGGUUCCAGAGGAAGAAUGGGUUAAACUUGGCCAAGGUGAGGUGUCUGGCGUUUUGUGGCAACUGACUGGCUCGGGUUGCUACGCGCCCAAACUGCAUGAACAUGAGGCUCCUGGGCGAUGUUAUUCUCACCACUGCACUCGAACUCUCAAAAAGAUUAAUCUGCAAGCACAAGUUCUUGAGCCAGCGAGGAAGACGGAAGACUGGGUCACGUUUUUCAAACUCACCAAGGAGCAACUUGAUGGUGCGAGCAGAAAAGAGAUCGAACGCCAGAACAACCUACAUGAGAUUGUGAUGUCUGAAGAUCUUUUUAUGGAUCAAAUAAACGUGCUUCGUGUUUUGUAUCGCGAUGACCUAUCUUCUUGGCAACCCCCGAUCAUUGCAAAAGCAAAAUUGAACAAAUUUAUCUCAAACGUGUUCGGGAAGGUCGAGGGCAUCAAAGAAGUCAAUGAGAACUAUCUAUUGGCACAAUUAAAAUACCGCCAGAAAGAGCAAGGGCCGUGGGUCAUUGGCUUCAGCGACAUCUUUAGAGAAUGGAUCAGAAAAGCCAGAACGGCAUACAUAGAGUAUGCAGCCAGCUUUCCGUAUGCCACGCACCUUGUUCGAAGAGAAGCAGACAAGAAUCUGCUUUUCCGACAAUUUUUAGAUCAAGCUCGGGACAAUAAAUUGUCAGGUCGACUGGACUGGAAUACAUACCUGAAGGCGCCCAUUACCAGAUUACAGCGAUACACGUUGUUACUAGGAACAGUACUCAAGAAUAUGACACAAGAUACCGAGGAGAAAGCCACAUUGGCCAUGGCUAUUGAGGAAAUUAAAGCCGUCACACUUGAAUGCGAUGCUAAGGUCGAUGAACAAUCUAAAAAGGUGGAAAUGAUCGACUUGCAGUCAAAACUCUUCCUCCGGCCUGGUAUGGAGAGAGUUGAGCUUAACUUGGAUCAUUUGGGACGGGAACUCAUAUUCAAGGGCGAGCUCCAACGUGCUGGUGCAAAUAGAUUUACGUGGCUCGAAACGCACUGCAUCCUUUUUGACCAUUACCUUGUGUUGGCUAAGUUGUUAAAUCAGCGGGAUAAGACCACAGGCAAACAGAAGGACGUCUAUGAUGUGUCAAAACUUCCAAUACCUAUGCAGCUUCUAGUUCUUGAGAGCACUAGCGAUGAUCCCGUAGUUAAGAACCUGAGGGGAGUAGGAGCUGUUACUACCACGGCUAAAUUGGGCCAAGGUGGUUCCGACCUAAGACUCAAUCGAUCUGGGACCUCAAAUGGAGUAAAUCCCCUCGAACACACCAACUCGAAUCAGUCAAUAACGACGAUGAAUUCUGUGACGAAAGUCCCUACUGGAGCAAGUGAGACUGAUGCUAAGUCGAUGUUUCCUUUCCGAGUGAAGCAUCUUGGGAAAACAGAGGUAUACACCUUAUACGCACCUACAGCUCAGAAUCGACAAGACUGGUGCGAAAAGAUUCUCGAGGCAAAGACACGUCACGCUGCUUCGUUGUUUGAGCAGAACGCUGAGCCCUUUCGUUUGCGAGUUAUGGCAGAUACUGCAUUUGGGAAUGAUAUCUUGUCAAGCGCCGCACAGAGAAAUGUAGUCUCUGUCAAAGGAACACCUUUGGAACGUUCUAUCCGUGAGAUGGAGCGAAUUUAUGGUGCAGGUCCGCGGCCCGGACCUGUCUGUAGAGCGCAAGUCAACUGUGCUACAGCUUUCAACUGCUUUGGCAAGGCCAUGAUUGCAAUUGGUACAGACUAUGGUGUUUAUACGUCUGAGGCUAACAAUCCUCGAGGUUGGACAAGAUCUAUUCAAAUCAGUAAAGUCACACAAAUAGCUGUCCUGGAAGAGUUCUCAUUGUGCCUCAUUAUUGCCGACAAAUCGCUAAUAGCCUAUCACCUUGAUGUGAUAGUUCCCGUCUCUAAUUUUCCCGGGCCACAUGCAGAUUCCGCUCGCAAAGCGCCCCAAAAGCUCUCUGGAACCCGAGACGUAUCCUUUUUCGCCACAGCAAGGAUGAAAGAACGCACACUCGUGUUUUACAAGAAAAAGGAGAGUCUUCACUCAACAUUCAAAGUACUAGAGCCAGUGUUCCAAAAAUCGACAGAGAAGAAGUCCAGAUUGUUUGGCAGCUUGAAGAAAGGUGGAAGCACCGAAUUCUUCCGGGAGUAUGACGAGUUUUAUAUUCCAACCGAAUGCUUCACGAUCAAUCUUUUCCACAGCUAUAUUGCCAUCUCGACUCAGAAAGGGUUCGAGCUAAUGACUCUCGAUAAAAAGGUACCUAUGAGUAUACCCGACACAAAGAACCCUGCAAUAGGGAAUAUUGCGGCUCGAUUACGCGAUCAAAAGCCUCUGGGCAUGUUUCGCUUGUCAGACUCGGAAUUCCUGUUGUGUUAUGAGGAGUGCGGUGUAUAUGUCGAUAAGCACGGCGAGGUUUCGCGCUCUGUGAUAAUGGAGUUCGUUGGCCGGGCACAGAAGGCCGCAAUGUACGGCGCGUAUCUUGUCUUGUUCGACGCGGAUUUUGUUGAAGUCCGAAAUGCAGAAAACGGUCGUUUAAGACAGGUGAUUGCUGGUAGAGAUGUGAGAUGUCUCGAUUAUGGUAUCAAUCCGCUGGGAGCCGGGGCGGCGAACAGCCAGAUGGCUGGGUUCGGAGGCGCAACCGCGGAGAAGAGGACGCUCAAGCUGGCAAUGGCGCAUCCAGAGGUGUCGACAAACCAGAUCGUGCUUGAAAUGGUGCUUAACGAGGGUCAUUCGGAAUGA